GGGACUCGUGCGCUGAUUGGCCGCGGAGGCCGACCGGCCUCCGGCGCUGGUCCAUAGCGGGCGCCGCGGCCUGGGGCUGGGAUGUGACCGGCAGUGGGCUCCCGGCUCCGGGUGGUGACGGCUCUGAGCAGCAGUGAUUGCGGCGAGGGCGGCGCAGGCGGGCGGGCGAAACCAGGACGCCGAGAGCUGCCGGCCGACAGGGCCGCGGGAUGAGGAAGCGGACCGAGCCCGUCACCUUGGAGCAUGAGCGCUGCGCCGCUUCAGGCUCGUCCUCCUCCGGCUCGGCCGCCGCGGCGCUGGACGCCGACUGCAGCUUGAAGCAGAACCUGCGUCUGGCGGGCAAGGGGACGGCAGAGCCGCACAGCGCAUCCGACGCGGGCAUGAAGCGGGCGCUGGGCAGACACCUGCCUCUGGAGCUCUCCUUCAAUCCUCGCCUCACCUUCCCAACCCCUCCACGGGCUUCUCUCACUAACUCAUCCAUCACCCUGGCUGGCAUCGACACCCUUAUCAGACGAAAGAGCCUGUGGUUCCGACUAAGGAAGAUACUUCUCUGUGUUCUGGGGUUCUACAUUGCCAUUCCAUUUCUUGUCAAACUGUGUCCUGGGAUACAGGCCAAACUGAUAUUCUUAAAUUUUGUGAGGGUUCCCUAUUUCAUUGACUUAAAAAAACCACAGGAUCAAGGUUUGAAUCACACCUGUAAUUACUACCUCCAGCCAGAGGAUGAUGUGACUAUCGGAGUCUGGCACACCAUCCCCUCUGUCUGGUGGAAGAAUGCCCAAGGGAAAGACCAGAUGUGGUAUGAGGAUGCCCUGGCUUCUAACCACGCCAUCAUACUAUAUUUGCAUGGGAAUGCAGGCACCAGAGGAGGCGACCACCGUGUGGAGCUGUACAAGGUGCUGAGUUCCCUGGGUUACCACGUGGUCACCUUCGACUACAGAGGUUGGGGUGACUCAGUAGGAACACCAUCGGAGCGAGGCAUGACAUAUGACGCACUCCAUGUUUUUGACUGGAUCAAAGCAAGAAGUGGUGAUAAUCCUGUGUAUAUUUGGGGCCAUUCGCUGGGCACUGGAGUGGCAACAAAUCUGGUACGGCGUCUCUGUGAGCGAGAGACGCCACCAGAUGCCCUUAUAUUGGAGUCUCCAUUCACAAAUAUUCGUGAAGAAGCAAAGAGUCAUCCAUUUUCAGUGAUAUACCGAUACUUCCCUGGCUUUGACUGGUUCUUCCUCGACCCCAUUACAAGCAGUGGAAUUAAAUUUGCAAAUGAUGAAAAUGUGAAGCACAUCUCCUGUCCUCUGCUCAUCUUGCAUGCUGAGGAUGACCCAGUUGUACCCUUCCAUCUCGGCAGAAAGCUAUACAACAUUGCUGCGCCAUCUAGAAGUUUCCGAGACUUCAAAGUCCAGUUCAUUCCCUUUCACUCAGACCUUGGCUACAGACAUAAGUACAUCUACAAGAGUCCAGAGCUUCCACGGAUACUGAGGGAAUUCCUGGGGAAGUCGGAACCGGAGCGCCAGCACUGAGACUGGCCCGUGAGGAGCAUGAAGAACCACCUUCCUUCCCUUCUCCCCUGGACAGCAGUCUGGCACCCAGAAGCCCAGAGUGCCACCACCUGUGGUGCUCAGGAGCCCAGUGCAUACCUAGAAAGAGGACUCAGACACAGCGGGCAGAGGCUCCACAGACGGCUGUGAGGAAAACCCAGUGGCAGGCAGGCGGUCCCCUGACCCUCUGGUGGCCACUGUAUCUGAGCUUUUUUUGGGAAGGCUUAUAGACAAUAGGUGGACCCCAUACGCUGGGCAUAGGGAGCCUGAGAAGAAGGGCUCAGGAGCUCAAGAGCACUCCAGGCUCUCUGGCACCACCGCUUAAGAUACAGGAAAAUGGUUCUUUCUGCCUUUCCUGGCAGACACAGAAAAGACUCUAAGUGGUUCAGUUUGUCCCCUCUAGCUCAUGUACCUGCUUGCCUUCCUCAGCUGUCCCUCCCUGCCUCUCCUGGCAUUGUUCACCCACAGUAAGGGGCACCUGGAUCUGCACUUCCAUUCUGCCCACCUGUCUGUCACCUAACCUGGCCGUAGACUGAGCAUUUAUUUAAGAAUAAAAUCUCGGUGGUGGUCUGUUUAUUGUUAUCUCUACAAA